AUUUCCCUCCCCAAAUAAAGGCUAUUGGUACUCCUUCUUCUGCUGACUUGCGCGCAGACUCUGAAAGACCCUCUUACUUAUGCCACGCAACUUGCGUUCAUCCAUCUUUUCAAUUAUUCUCCUGUGCUUGUUGGGAGCUGAGAAGACUUUUGCUUGGUCUGGAAGCUCCAACGUUACCUGUCACCCUUCUUAUAGCUGGGCAUCAAACAGCAAAGGCCAAAACCCAUGUGUCGUCGCUGCGAGCCUGCAGUCAGUCUGCAAUGAUGGGGUUUUCACUGUCAACAGCCUUCCUGAAGGCUAUCACUACAUCGGCCCAAGACAGGAUGAUCCGUCGACUCAAAAUGUUUGCAUCUGUAGCACGCCUGUAUACGAGCUCAUGUCCGCGUGCGCCGAUUGCCAGAAUAGGACAUACAUAAGUUGGUCUGCUUGGAGUCUAUAUUGUACAAACUUCCCCAGUGUCCAGGAAGGGAUCUAUAAUGCUUCGAUCCCACGGGAGACAGCGAUUCCUCAGUGGGCGUUCGAAAAGCCUUCGCAAAAUGAUGACAUGUAAUAAUCUGUUUUUCUGGUGCCCUGUUGACGUCUGAUCAAGCCUGCUAACAUUGGUAUGGUUCUUCAGCUACAACAGCA